AUGACGGACAUCGAGGCGAUUACACGGUCCACUCAGGGGAACCAAAUAUUAGAAGGCGUUCUGGAGCUAGCCGAAGAAGCUAAGACGCACGAAAUAAUACUAGUUCACGGGUUCGUCAUUGCAGGUAACACUGACUCCAGUGAUAAUUGCGAAGGACGGAGAGGCCAAAGGACUUAUGGUCUGCACGAGGGUCUCGAGUAUGCCCAGGCGCGGCGCAUCCUCGAAGAAUGGACUCGCGACUCGGCAGAAGCACUACAAGAGCCAGUCGUUGUGCGGUGCAUGACCAUCAACACGACCGAAGUCUUAGAACACGGCAAGGAAGCACUGUGCUCUGCCCCCCACUUCCUGUCUCCCCUCUAUUCCACGGUGCUUAACGAACCCUUGAGGAGGCAGGAGGGGAUUGUUUCUACUCGCACUCAGCUGGUGGCAACCUUUGCGGCGCCAUGCGCUAGCGGCGGUAAUGCUUGCAUAUCGGGCACUGCAGCCAGUGGCUCUGCUCCAUUCAGAUAUGGAGUGGCGAGGACGGGAGAAGGUUGUCCUUCAUCGAGCAGUGCGCGACCCUGGGCCGCUGGCGUCUUUGACAAGUGUGCUUAA